CUCUUUAAGGUAUUACCCGUGAUGCCUCAUCUUAUAAACACAGAAUUUCAAGAUGGAGGUUUUCACUUUUCUGGCUUUAAUGUUUGCUGUGGUGACAUUGUUUACAAUUCCUUUACAAGGUUUGGGUACCGCAGCACCUAAACUUGGAGAGGCAAGCAUUACAGUUAACGUAACUAGUUCAGACGGAGAUGAAGUGCAAAACGUACAGAUUGUCCUCAAGAUCAUACAUCUUAAUGGGCAGGUCUUUGUAAAUGACUUGCCUGUCAAGUAUAAUGGUGUCUCACGGCUGAACUGCAGGGCUUUGAUAUUUGAUAUUCAGGGUCCGCUGCAGACAACUAGCCAUUAUCCACUUAACCAUAUGGAAACUACUGUUGAUGAAGCCUCAUCUCCUGGCAAGCUUCCAGAAACCCCUCUUCGAGCAGAACUUCCUUCCUCAUACAAGGUGAUGUGCCAGUGGGUGGAAGACCUCAGGAAAGAGCUCUGCAGGCUGUGGGUUGAAUUUUUCCCAGUAUUCUUCAGUUUUAUGGAGGUCGUAUUUGUAGGGGUUGUGGGAGCAGCAAUCAUAAUUAACAUUCUGAAAGUGUUCUUCCCUUCAUGUGAACAGAGAAACACCUUAAAAUUGGAUCAUUUCAAGGUAGUACCUGUGGAAAUUACACCCUUACUUAUGGAUCUCACAGAAAUGCAACAAGAGGAGGACAGUGUGGAGAAGAAGACUAUUAUUUGAAAAUAAUUGCAAUGCACCCUCUGUUACAUCUGCUCUUCUUUUAUAAGAAGCCAUUUAUCUCUGGAUCAUCCUGGGAAAUUUAAAUUGUGGAUUUGAAAUGUUUUGUUGCUCUUGAUUAAUUACUAUUUGUAUUAAAAUAUGACAUUCGUUAUCAGAAAUACUGAACUCUUGGCAUCCUGGGAAGUUUGGGUGAUCAGGUUCUUUUAAAUUAUCACAGACCAAAUGUGAUAUUUUUUGAGGAAAGGGUUAAAUAUAUGCUAACAUGUUCCCAAUUAUGAGAUCAAUUUAUUCCAUGUAAUGUUUUAAUUUGAUGCUGUGGUGCCCUAAACAGCACAAACACAUUUUAAAGUAUUAUCUGCAAAGAAGACACUAACUGUUAAAAGCACUUUUUAUAGCAGUACUUUUCUGUAAGGCUACCUCUAAGAUGAAGAUGUGCAUUUUUAUGAUGUACUGUUAAUGGGUGAUAUUUUCAGUAGCUCAAGCACAGGUGCAUGAUGUAAUUGUAAAUUAUACUGUAUUAUGUGAUUUUUGUGCUGCAAUUCUACCUAGAAAUCUGGAUUUGUAAGUAGAGUGACUCCCAGUAUCUGUUGGAAUCAGAUUGUGUGUGUGUUCCACCUGAAAACUUGCGACAACAAGCCAAAGAGGAGUGUAAGCAGCCAUUCUGUUCACCAGUACUCUCAAACAUUUGGUGAUCAAAGUGGAUUGCUAGGUGGAAAGGGUGACAGGUUUUUAAAUAGCGAGGGGCAGUGGUGAUUUCAUAGCAUUUCUGUUUCCAUAUACAUUUCUGAUUUAAAUAGUGGCAGAUUGUUUCAGUGUAAUGUGCUGUUCAUUAACAUCAAUGUCCUUGAGUAUUUUAGAUUUCAUUACAUUAGUCCUAUUGCUCUUAUACAUUGUAAAAGGUACACAUUUAAGAAUAGCCUUGUAAGGAAGAUGCAAUGUUUUUGGUUCAGAGACUUAGGAAUAGUUCUUAAGGAGUUAGUUUAAAGAACCGUACAUUUCUGUAUUCUUUCUUUUAAUGUGCCCUUUCUUGUCACAUGGUGUAUUCAUUCCUUUUCUACAAUGGUUAUAAAAGGCAUUGCUUUGGUUCACUCCCACCUACUCUUUUGAAAGUGGUACCACUCCUUAUCUAGACAUUAUUAACUCAGGAGUCAGAAGAGUCCUCUAGGAUAAAUUCACUAGUCUCCUGGUUUGGUGUUGCCCCUGUCACAGUCUAUUUUGAUAAGCAGGGCCAUUCUCAAGGAUAAUUUCUGAAUUAUUUUGUAGUAGCUAUCCCCAAAGCAGUGCUGUCUGCUGGACAUAUACUUCAAGUACCACCUUUACAGUGGAUAUUGGUGGCUUCUGCAUGCAAGUAUUCAUUAAGCCAGGCUUACUGUCUACCUUGGCUUGGAUCACCAGACGUUCUCAAUUUUUUUUCUUUUUUCUUUGUCAAAUGUGCCUUUUUUGUAUUUUGGGUGUUUUGUUUUAUUUUAGAAUUGAAUGUUUUUAUGCAACUACAUUAUAAAACUGAAUAUGUAAAGGAAUGCCUUGAUCUGCUGUAAAAGGAGAACUGGGUUUCUUAAUUGUAAGACAAACUACUUUAUUUUUGGAGUUUUAUUUUUCUGUGUUUUGCCCCAGUGCAGCAACAACAAAUAACAUUUUCUUUUAAAUUCUCA